AUGAGGUGGAACAAGUUUGUCUGCGGACUGCUCUUCUGCCUUCCCUUCACGCCACUGCUGUACGUGACGUUCGAGUGUGCUGUUGUGGCAACAGGGCGGUUGGUGAGGGCUUGUUGCAGUUGUGCCGACUCAAGUGAGGGCUUGAGUCUCAAAGACAGAGUCCAGUGCCACCACCUGCACCACCUGCACCGCCUGCAGAUGGCCAUCUCUUCUGCCCGCGCCCUCUUGUUGUCGAGGCGACUGUCAAAUGGGUUCCCCUCGUGUCGGCCGCCCUCUCUCGCACCUCUCGUUCACACUUCGCUUGGGCCCCUCCGACUGGACUGA